UUGGCGGGGCGACCUUUAGCAACUACUACCAUAAAUAGCUGACUCCCUUCUACACACACCAAAGCAAGCUUCAAAUCCCACAGGGAGAGAACGAUGAAGCUAAAAGUUUAUGUCGAUCGAAUGUCCCAACCGUCUCGUGCAAUUCUCAUCUUCUGCAAGGUAAAUGGAAUUGAUUUUGAGGAGAUCAAAGUAGAUCUUUCCAAGCGUCAACAUUUAACCCCUGAAUUUGCAGAUGUAAAUCCUAUGAGACAAGUUCCGGCUAUAGUCGAAGGCAGAUUUAAGCUGUUUGAGAGUCAUGCAAUACUUAUCUAUCUUGCUUGUGCAUAUCCUGGAGUUGCAGACCAUUGGUAUCCAAAUGAUCUAUUCAGAAGAGCAAAGAUCAACUCAGUAUUGGAUUGGCAUCACUCAAAUUUACGCCGUGGUGCAGUUUCACUUGUUCAAAAUACUGUACUAGGACCUGCACUUGGCCUUCGAACUAGUCCACAAGCAGCUGCUGAAGGUGAAAAAAUUUUGUCUGCAUCUCUUGCGAAGAUUGAAUCCUUUUGGCUGAAAGGGAAUGGGCGGUUCUUGCUUGGAAGCUUCCAGCCAUCCAUAGCAGAUCUCAGCUUAGUGUGUGAAAUUAUGCAACUAGAGGUUUUGGACGAGAAGGAUUUCAGUCGAAUAUUAGGCCCAUACAAGAAAGUUCAGCAGUGGAUAGAGGAUACAAGGAAUGCAACAAGGCCGCAUUUUGAUGAGAUACAUUCAAUCCUCUUCAAAGCCAAAGUGAGAUUUCAAAAGGAGCGAUCUGGGGGAACAAAUGAGCCUGAGUCUAGCAUGAAGAAGGGUUUCCUUUCAAAGAUGUGAGAACAAAUCUCUGGUCUUUUCUGUCCGGGCUUGAUGCCUAUGCGGAAGGGCAAAUGAAGAAAACAGAGUCUAGUAUAAACACAACUUUGUUACUUUAUUUUGUUGUGAUUUCUGUAAUAAAUUUCUGGUCUGCUCUAUGAAAUAAACUCUAAGCCAGAUAUUGUAGAAUAUUACCUGCAAAUGAAGAUCUCUUUUCAAGGA